AUGGCUGCCUCCUUCGCUUCGUUGCCCAUGCUAGUUCUGGCCCCACAGAAGUUUGCGACGGUUUUCACUACGGGCUCCGCCUGCAUUCUCGGGGCUUUGUGCUCUCUCAAGGGUGUGCAGAGCUUUGUCACACACCUCACCUCCAGAGAGAGGUUGCCGCUCUCUGUGGGGUAUCUGGGCUCAAUGGUUGGGACAAUUUGGGCGUCGAUGUGGUACAGGUCCGCUAUCCUGACUAUGGCUUUCUCUGUUGCACAGAUCAGCGGACUGCUCUGGUUCUUUGUUUCCUACAUACCGGGCGGUUCUUAUUCGAUGGGACUCGUCUGUGACUUCCUGAAGGGUGCUCUAAGGCAUGUUUGCUGUGGUCAGUGCGCAAACAAAGGAAGCUUGCCGCUUUAA